GGUCCCGAGAACUACAAAGCCCAGCGGUCCGGAGCGCGGCGACCGACUGAUAAGCUGGGAGCGGACCCGAGAGCGUUAAUGGGGCUCUUUGUCUGCAGGGGGCUCCGGGGUGGUCGCUGGACCGGGCAGGGUGCGUCGGGCUGGGGAAGCGCAGGUGAGCCGUGGGCCUGAGCGCUGCGCUCGGGCCCCGCAGCCACCGCACUCGCGGCCCCGCCCCAUCGCCACCUCGCGGGGCUUGGGCCUCCGAGGGCGCUGCCUCCCGGUGCAGAACCGUAUGUAUGGCACAAGGUGGCUGAGAGACCCGACGAACCCGUCAUUAAAAGGCCUUUUGCCUUUCCCCGUGAACUUCUAGGUAUCUGAAAGAAGAUGAAUUUGGCAGAGAUUUGUGACAACGCAAAGAAAGGGCGAGAGUAUGCGCUUCUGGGAAAUUAUGACUCCUCCAUGGUGUACUACCAGGGAGUGAUACAGCAGAUCCAGAGACAUUGCCAGUCAGUGAGAGACCCGGCUGUCAAAGGGAAGUGGCAUCAGGUACGGCAAGAACUCUUGGAAGAAUAUGAACAAGUUAAGAGUAUCGUCAGCACGUUAGAAAGCUUUAAAGUCGACAAGCCCCCAGACUUCCCUGUGUCUUGUCCAGAUGAACCAUUUAGAGACCCAGCAGUUUGGCCACCCCCUGUCCCUGCAGAGCACAGAGCUCCGCCUCAGAUCAGACGUCCCAACCGAGAAGUGAGGCCUCUGAGGAAAGAUGUGGGAGCAGGCGCCCGCGGACUGGUGGGCCGAGCACACCCGAUAUCAAAGAGCGACAAGCCCGCAAGUCGGGACAAGGACUGCAGAGCGAGAGGGAGAGAUGACAAGGGAAGGAAAAAUAUACAAGAUGGUGCAAGUGAUGGUGAAAUCCCCAAAUUUGAUGGUGCUGGAUACGAUAAGGAUCUGGUGGAAGCCCUGGAGAGGGACAUUGUGUCUAGGAACCCUAGCAUUCACUGGGAUGACAUAGCAGAUCUGGAGGAGGCUAAGAAGUUGCUCCGGGAAGCUGUUGUCCUUCCCAUGUGGAUGCCUGACUUUUUCAAAGGGAUUCGAAGGCCUUGGAAGGGUGUGCUGAUGGUUGGACCUCCAGGGACUGGGAAAACCAUGCUAGCUAAAGCAGUUGCCACUGAAUGUGGGACAACCUUUUUCAAUGUCUCCUCUUCUACACUGACUUCUAAGUACAGAGGCGAAUCUGAGAAGUUGGUCCGUCUGUUGUUUGAAAUGGCUAGGUUCUAUGCCCCCACCACGAUCUUCAUUGAUGAAAUAGAUUCUAUCUGCAGUCGAAGAGGAACAUCGGACGAGCAUGAAGCAAGUCGCAGAGUCAAGUCUGAGCUCCUUGUCCAGAUGGAUGGAGUUGGAGGAGCCUUAGAGAAUGAUGAUCCGUCCAAAAUGGUGAUGGUUCUGGCUGCCACUAACUUCCCAUGGGACAUUGAUGAAGCUUUGCGGAGGAGACUAGAGAAAAGGAUCUACAUCCCUCUCCCAACAGCAAAAGGAAGAGCCGAGCUUCUGAAGAUCAGCCUCCGGGAGGUGGAGCUGGAUCCUGACAUCCGCCUGGAGGACAUCGCCGACAAGAUUGAGGGCUAUUCCGGUGCCGACAUAACUAAUGUCUGCAGGGAUGCAUCUUUGAUGGCAAUGAGGCGGCGCAUCAGCGGCUUGAGCCCAGAAGAGAUCAGGGCCCUGUCCAAGGAGGAGCUGCAGAUGCCUGUCACCAGAGGGGACUUUGAGCUGGCACUGAAGAAAAUUGCCAAGUCGGUCUCGGCUGCGGACUUGGAGAAGUACGAGAAGUGGAUGGUUGAGUUUGGAUCUGCGUGACGUUUGUCAGCUGUUUCUGGUGUUCUUGUCUAUAAAAUGUAAAGGAAUUCCUUAAAUUUAAAAAAAACCUGGAAUUUUUAAUCAGAAAAUUUCAUUUAAAGGCCAAAGCAAAACAAAACCGUCUAGAGCUAAAGAGAAAUGCAGUUGAGAAAUGAAUGAGAUGCUUAUGGGGUCUGCUGGCUUCGCACUAACAAACCUCAUUCUCACAGGCUAUGCCAGCCAGGGGGCGGGG